CUCUUCAUCUCUCACCAUUAAUUUCCACCUUCAUCACCAUGGACUUGGCUCAACCUGUCUCUGAGAAUGUUUGCUACAUCCGCUGCACCUUCUGCAACACCGUUCUCGCGGUUGGGAUUCCAUGCAAGAGGUUGUUGGACACUUUGACAGUGAAAUGUGGGCAUUGCAGCAAUCUUUCAUUUCUUAGCACUAAACCUCAAUCUCAGCAGGCUUUCAAGAAGGCGCCGUCUCUAUCAUCGUCUUCAUCCACUUCCAGCGAACCAUCCUCUCCAAAAGCUCAAUUUGUGGUCAAACCUCCUGAAAAGAAGCAUAGGCUUCCAUCUGCCUACAACCGCUUCAUGAAAGAAGAGAUACAGCGCAUCAAAACGGCGAAUCCAGAGAUACCACAUAGAGAGGCUUUCAGUGCAGCUGCAAAAAAUUGGGCUAGAUACAUUCCAAACCACCCCCGUCAGACUUCUACUGCUUCAACCAGCAUUAACAAGGCUUGAUAAACUUGGAUGGCAACCGGAGCGGGGCUAAGGCUGAUUAAGAAAAAGUUGGGUGUUUUAAGACAAUUUAGGGAAUGGAUAUGUUUAAUUAAGUUAGUCUUCAGACUUGAUAUUUUGAAGAUCUGUAUCCCACGUAACUUGUUAUGUUUGUAGCUAUAAAUAUUGAAGUGAUCAGUAUUAAGCUACUUUUGUUUAUUUUCUGAUGAAUGUUGAACAAUUAACAAAGAUUCAUGUAUUAAGUACUUAA